GUUGGACGCCAUUCGGGUUCUAGAUCCGGCUUCCGUCCCUCUCGAGGCGGCCUGGCCCCGUCCCUCUGGCCACGUCCCGCGAGGCGGACGGCCCUCCGGCGUCCCGCCCCCGCCCCCGACGGCCGGAGACGCCUCCCCGCGGCGCUGGCCGCGCCGGUGCCCGCGGAGCCCGCGCCCCGGCCGCCUCCCGGGUUCCCGGCUCCCGGCGCGCCUUGAGUGGUUCCCGGAGCCCCGCUCCGCGCGGGGAGAUCAGAUCGGCACCUAGCGGUGUCCUCGGGGGAAGUGCAUUUCCUGGAGCUGCACGUCUGCAAAUGCAUUUUUAACCCCGUUCCUGCCGGUUCGCUCCUGCAUGUGCAGUGUCUGCAAAAUCGAACCUAUCCCUUUUUUGUUGUUGUUGUUUUGUUUUGUUUUUUGAAAUGUUAUGUCGGGGGACGGACAUGGAAAGGAUGUACAAGUUCGUUAAGUUUUAAUCUCAGUUUCCUCAGAUUCAAGAUGGAUAGUAUAGAAGAACCUCAGAAAAAAGUCUUCAAGGCUCGAAAGACGAUGAGAGCAAGUGAUCGCCAGCAGCUUGAAGCUGUGUACAAAGUCAGAGAGGAGCUGUUGAAAACUGAUGCUAAGCUUUUAAACGGGAACCACGAAAAUGGAGAUUUGGAUCCCACUUCACCUUUGGAAAAUACAGAUUAUAUUCAAGAUAGAGAAGAAGUGAAUGGCAUUGAAGGGAUUUGUUUUGAGUCUGAAGAAAGUAAAACAGAAUGGAAAGAAACACCUUGUAUCCCCAAUGUUAGUCUAAAAAACAAGCAAGAAGAGGAUUCAAAUAGUGAAUCUUUGUCUUCUAGUGUAACUUCUGAGCUUGCUUCUAAACUAACCACUGAACCAGCUUCUAGUACCCCAGCUUCUGGUGCACCAUCCUUUGAUACCCCAGCUUCUAGUACCCCAGCCUCUGGUGAUCUGGCUACUGGAGUACCGGCUGCUGGUGACUCUGCCUGUGAGGAGCUCCCCUCCAGAGAUUCCUUCUCUGGAGAUCCCUCCUCUGGGAGUGAUCCCUCUUCUGAUGACCUCACCUGUAGUGAUCCCACCUCUAGAGAUGCUGCUUUUGAAGAGCCUGCCUCUGAUGAUCUUGUUUCUGAUGAUUCCACCUCUGGUGAAUCGGUGUCGAAAGACCCAGCUUCAGGUGAUACAGCUACAGAUGAAGCAUCUAUCAGUGAAACAGCUGCAGAUGAAGCAGCUGCAGGUGAAAUAGCUACAGGCGAAGCAGCUGCACGGGCAUCUUGUGACCUGGCCUCUAGGGACGCAGCUGCUGAUGACUGCACCACCUCUGGUGUUUCGCCCUCUGAUGGUCGGCCUUGUAGUGAUGAACCAUUUGGUGGUUCUGCCUGUGUCCGACUGGCCUCUAGUGAACUGACUCCUGGUGAACUGGCCGUGGAAUCAGCCACUGAUACUUUUAAACCAAGUUCAGUGCCAGUUUGUGAACCAGAUCUUGACACUGACAAGACAGAGCAAAAUAGCAAUAACAAUGAUGAUUUCAUAGAAAAAAAUGAAAAUAAUGAAAAUGUAGAUCAAAUUCAAAGUAGAGCCUCAUUUGACAAAGAUAAUAAAGUGAACAAUGUUGGUGAGAAGGAAGAAACUCUAGAAACACAUAGUGCAAUUAUUUGUUCUGAUCUACCUCCAGAAAAUGUGAAGAAGGUAGAGGAAGAUCCUGUUGCUGAGCCUGCUCUUGGAGAAGAGGCGAUCUCCAGCAGUAUGGAAGUUGACCAAAGUGAUAAGGAUGACCACAAGAGUCCUGCAGAACUUUUAGAAGCUGUCGGUGAAAGUGCCACAGAAGAUGACAAGAAGGAGACGGUCUUAGACAACAUGGAUUCUAUGGAAACAGAUGAAAUCAUUCCUAUUUUGGAAAAACUUGCACCCACUGAAGAUGAACUCACCUGCUUUUCAAAAAAUUCUCUCCUUCCAGCUGAAACAAGUCAAGAUUUAGAAGAUAAAAUGGAGGGUUCUUUUGGUUCUCCAUCAAAACAAGAAAGUAGUGAGAAUUUGCCAAAAGAAGCCUUUUUAGUUCUUUCUGAUGAAGAGGAUAUUUCAUGUGGAAAAGAUGAGUCUGAAGCUAUAUCACAGAAUAAAAUGAGCUCUCCAGAAGUAACAGAAGUAGAAAGGACUGAGAAGGACAGCACAGCUGAGGAAGAAGAGCGAGUGCCAGAGGAGGAGCAGCCACCCCUGAGAAAUGAAGUUUCCAGACGGAAACGUUCUAAAUCGGAAGACAUGGACAAUGUGCAGGCCAAACGCCGGCGAUAUAUGGAUGAAGAAUAUGAGGCCGAGUUUCAAGUAAAGAUCACAGCCAAAGGAGACAUUAACCAGAAGCUUCAGAAGGUCAUACAGUGGUUGCUAGAAGAGAAAUUGGGUGCACUACAGUACGCUGUGUUUGAUAAGACUUUGGCAGAACUGAAAACACGAGUGGAAAAGAUAGAAUGCAACAAAAGGCAUAAGGCAGUUCUUACUGAGCUACAGGCCAAGAUAGCCAGAUUAACCAAACGUUUUGGAGCAGCCAAAGACGAUCUUAAGAAAAGACAAGAAAGCCCUCCAAACCCACCCAUAUCACCAGGAAAGCCUGCCAGUGAUGUCAACAGCAAUACCAGUGUGACCUACAGAAAUGCAGGCACAGUGCGACAGAUGCUGGAGUCCAAAAGAAAUGUUAGCGAGGGUCCACAACCAUCCUUUCAAACUCCUGUGAAUACAGUGUCUUCAGCCAGUCUUGUCACUUCUCCAGCAAUUGUCAGUAAUCAGCCUAAACUGCAGACGUCACCAGCCUCAGGUUCUCUGCCGCCAGCACCAAUUCUUCCUGCGCCCAGCACAGCCACAGUAGUUGCCACUACUCAGGUGCCUAGUGGAAACCCUCAGCCCACAAUCUCUCUGCAGUCCUUGCCAGUGAUUCUGCAUGUACCCGUUGCAGUGACCUCUCAGCCUCAGCUCCUGCAAAGCCAUCCAGGGACUUUAGUGACUAAUCAACCAUCUGGCAACGUUGAAUUCAUAUCUGUGCAAAGUCCACCUACAGUGAGUGGUCUUACCAAAAACCCAGUAUCCUUGCCACCCUUGCCAAACCCCACUAAACCAAACAUUCCAUCAGUGCCCAGUCCUACUCUUCAGAGGAACUCUUCAGCCACUGCUGCACCCUUGGGAACAACACUUGCUGUACAGGCUGUUCCGACAGCACAUUCUAUUGUGCAAGCCACAAGGACUUCUCUACCCACAGUAGGCCCAUCAGGACUCCAUAGCUCGUCAAACAAUCGAGGCUCAAUACAGAUGAAAAUCCCAAUAUCUGCUUUUAGCACUUCAUCUUCUGCAGAACAAAGUAGCUCUACCACCCCAAGAACUGAAAACCAGACAAACAAAACAGUAGACUCUUCUGUUAACAAGAAAGCAGCAGAUAGCACAUCACAGAGUGGAAAAGUUUCUGGCAGUGAGUCAAGUGGUGUCAUUGACCUCACAGUGGAUGAUGAAGAAAAUGGAGCUACACAAGACCCUAAAAAGGUAAAGCAUCCAUCUGCACCUGCUGUGAGCACUUCUCAGCCCAUGCCUCGACCACUGAAGCCCAUCCAGCCAGCACCACCUCUUCAGCCAUCUGGGGUGCCAACGAGUGGCCCAUCUCAGGCAACUAUCCACUUACUGCCUACAGCUCCAACCACGGUGAAUGUCACACAUCGUCCAGUAACUCAGGUGACCACGAGACUCCCUAUACCAAGAGCUCCUGCAAACCACCAGGUGGUCUAUACAACUCUCCCAGCACCACCUGCUCAAGCUCCCCUCCGAGGAACUGUUAUGCAGGCUCCUGCUGUUCGCCAGGUCAAUCCGCAAACUAGUGUUACAGUUCGAGUGCCUCAGACAACCACAUACGUUGUAAACAACGGACUGCCCCUGGGAUCAGGAGGGCCCCAGCUCACGGUGCAUCACCGACCACCACAAGUGCACACUGAGCCCCCACGCCCUAUGCAUCCAGCGCCCUUACCAGAAGCCCCACAGCCUCAGCGUCUGCCCCCGGAAGCUGCCAAUACUUCUCUGCCUCAGAAACCACACUUGAAGUUAGCGAGAGUUCAGAGUCAGAACGGCAUUGUUUUGUCCUGGAGCGUCCUGGAAGUGGACCGAAGCUGUGCGACUGUUGACAGCUACCAUCUGUAUGCUUACCACGAGGAGCCCAGUGCCACUGUGCCCUCUCAGUGGAAGAAGAUCGGGGAAGUCAAAGCCCUGCCCUUGCCAAUGGCUUGCACUCUCACUCAGUUUGUGUCUGGCAGCAAGUACUACUUUGCAGUGCGCGCCAAGGACAUUUACGGCCGGUUUGGGCCUUUCUGUGACCCUCAGUCUACAGACGUGAUCUCUUCCUCCCAGAGCAGUUAGACCGUGGAGGCUGCAGCUUCUGCUUUCGAAAGUUCCACAGUUUGGGCUUGUUUUUAAUCUUGUGCAUGAAAUUCAAUGUAAAAUCCACUUUGUGCAAGAUUUCUCAGACAGAUGAGUGUAUACACUACGUUUGUUUAUGACCGGAAGUAUAAUAAAUUCAACCCAGAAAGCAAGUCUUCCCCUGAACAAUUCAAGCUUCAGGGUUUUGAAAUGUAAAUUUAUUCCUUGCUUUGGCUUUAAAGGUGGGGAAUAUAUGGGUGUGUGGGUGCGUGUGUGUGUGUGUGUGUGUGUUCCUUUCUGUUGUUUUAAUUUUUAAAUUUCUAGUUUUGUGUUUGUUGAAGUGCAGUCUCCCAUUUUCACUUUCAGAUUUUCCUCUCUUCCAGUAGGAAGUGACUAGAUGAAAGGCUCUGAGGUGUGCAGCUGAUGUGAUUCUGCCUUUGGGAAAAUCUAGAAGAUGAAAGAAUCUAAACAAACCCAAAGAAAGGAAAAAAAAAGUAUUUAGCUUAAAAAAGAUGAAUUUGAACAGAGGAAAUACUCUUUCUCUAUUUUCUUUGAUGUCUUUUGAGUUACUGACCAGGUGAAAAAUGUCCAACCCUCAACCCAAGUUUCUGAUCUGGCUUCUACAUUUGUGUUUGUGCCUUACGAAGUAUAGAAGUACAUUUGCCAUGUGUCCAUUGUUGUCUGUUCCUCUUUCAACUUUCUUUUAUUCUUCAUUGCCACCAGAAGUACCAUACCCUGUAAGACCUUUAGAACCAAGAUAUGCAUGUGUGUAUUUUCCUCAUCUUCUAAGAUAUCACUACAGUCAACUUCAGAAUUUUGAUUUACUAUUUUAGGAACAUAACAUUUAUUUUAGUCCGUUAUUUAGCUCUGCAUAAAACAGGCCACCCUGUUUAAGAAAAUUUUCAUUAAACCUGUUUUAAUAUCCAUGUUGCAUUGUUAGAGAAUCUGAAGGAAGUUUGGGGUCAUCUCAUCACUCAUGAUGUAGUGUCUUUUCAAAGACAGUAAAUGUUAAAAUUCAUCAAAGACCAUGGAAAAGCUCAGUUUCUCCUUUGUUCUCAUGAGAUCUUUCCUGUUUUAGUCUUUGUCUUGGUAAUGCCAGGUGUAGCUGAUUUCAUCAACUUUAGGUAGCAUCUAGGCAGUCUGCUUCUGGGUUGCUUAGCAACCUGGGAAGUCACCUGCUGCUGCUGGCCAGGGCCCAGGGUAAAAGACCCUCUCCAUGCCCCUCCCUUUGCCCCUCCCCUCUCAUACUCCCUCUCCUCUCUUGCAUGCACUCUGCUUCCGUGUCUCUCCUCUUCCCUCCCCUCUGACUUUUUCUCUGGGUUCGAGGUGGGGCAUACCCACCAUACUCCACUAGCUCCUUCGCUCUCUCCACUCUCAUGGCCCACUCAGGCCCUAACUCCUCUCCCCUUUCCUUCUGCAAAUAAGUCUCUUUAUAUCCAGAUCUGUUUAGUUUGUGGCAUCUUUUUAAAAUAUAUCCUAACAGUAUCUUUUUGGAUCAUUUUCCAUUACAGUUAGAUCUAAUCAUUUCAGUAGUUCUCAUUCCUCUGAAAAGUUAGUGGAUUCAGGCUCAGCCUUGCAUUGUCAAGGAAUGCCAGCAGCAGGGGUAUCAGGCAGAUGCCUUAGAGAGCUAAGGGUGAGGGCAUGCAUUUAGGGAUGAGUGAGGUGUUUAUGAAGUGGGACUCACUGUCAAACUGUCUUCCUUACAGUAUCUUAAGUUCUUAAAAUGUAUCAUUCACUUGUGCUGGCAUUGAAUGUAGGAGCUCCAUUCCCUUCGUGUGUUUACCCCUGUCGUGGCUUACAUCAGGAAUCGCUGAGUUGUGAAGAAAUUGUCUUUGGUGACUUUCACUGCUUGGUGUUCUUCUGUCAUCUUUGGUGUGAAUUUUGGUUGAUGAAGCCUGCAGUUGCUAAGGUGUAAAAUGCCCCUUACCUUCCACUCUGAGAAAAAGGAGGCCAAAUGGGAAUUAGUUUUCCACAGGCUAAGCUUGGCUAGCAGUUGUGUAGCUAAGACUCCUGAGAUUCAUGAUCAUGAGAAAGUGUUGCCAACAUUAUGAUAAGAAUUUGAAAAGGAAGAGAUUAUUUUCUAGCUGUGUAUGAGCACAUCUCUAUACCUGAGUGUGCUUGAGUGGAUACAGGGCUCGUAUUCUGCUCAGCAUAAUUCCUGUCUACACAGUAGAAAAGCACAUAUCCAGAAUUGUUUUUGCUGGCUGGUCUGCUCACUAGCCAAUGGAAGUUUUCCUGGAUGAAUAUUUUUAUUCACUAAUUAUUUCACAUUCAGUAUUUUUUUCUAAUCUGAUGAAUGCCCAGUGGAAUUAAUACGUUUCAUUUUUUUGGCUUUUACUUGGGUGUUUUUGGUAAAAAAAAAAAAAAAAGAAGAAGAAAAAAAAGUCUCAAAUAAUGGCUCUAGAUGUAGAUUUACUGCAGAAAGUAAUUACUGAAAACUGUUUAUUCCAGAUUGGAAAGAAGCUAUGAAGAGAGACUAUUAAUUGUUAGGAGGAAAAAACACUUAUGGAUAUAGUCUCCUCAGAUAACCUGUCAUGAGGCUCUGGGCAGCAGCCAUGUUGGGUUUCCUGGAAUGUGCUAGACUUACAUGGGCCACAUGUAAGGGCUGGUGGGCAUUGGCUUUUCGUCUGGCUGUGUCUGGGGAGGAUGGAGCACCUCUGGAAGUAGCUACAGCCGGCCAGAUACUCAGUAGUGGUUCACAGUACAUGGCUCACAUUCAUAUGCACUGGUAUCUCUUCUCAAAGUAUUACAAAGAAGCUCAAUGUCCCAUUUUGGGAAUUCAAGUUUGCUACAUUUUUAGCCUGACAAUACUGGUAAGUAUUGCUUUACCGGGGGAUCCUGGAAACUUGUGAAGUUUCAGUAUGAACUGUCAGAUGAUUAUGUGGUAAUUAAUGGUAACAGCGAUUGCUCGUUACUCUCUGCACUCAGCCAGAGAACUUUUCACCCUGUUUUAAGUGUGAGUAAGCCUCGUUACUGUGUGUGCUUGCUGAUGGCAUACAAAGACAGCACCUUGUAGCAGUUAACUUUACCAGGUGACUGUAUCCCUCUGGUUCUCUGGGCUGGGUUUCACUUUACAGAGCGCUUUGCACUGUGUGAUGUAGUGUGACUUAGUGGAAGAAACAGCUUUCUUCCUUGAAAACGUGUUGGGAUAGCAUUUGCCUCACAGAGAGGUGUCCUCCUCCAGCACCCCCCCCCCAUGCCAGAGAAGGGGUACGUUUAAAGACAGGAUGGGAAGCAAGCAUAGCAUCAGGCACUUUUUCAGAGCUCCUCCAGUGUGGAUCGGGUUCUUGUUGCUUGCCACUGCUUUGAAAAUCCUCUGAGUGAUUGCAUUGUGUCCGCUGCAUGGUCGGCCUUUCCCUUCCCAUGAGGUUCCCAGUACUGUCUAUGAUUUCAAUGCUGUGUGCAGUGCCCUCUCACUUUAGAUGCUGUGAUCUCAGAGGAGGCACUACAAAGAAAGCCAAGUGUUUUCCUUGACUCCUCCUCAGGCCAGCCACGUCAGUAUCCUCAGUAUGCUUCAUUUUCUACUUGCCUGUGACUGGGGGGUCUGUUGGAUUCUCAUGGAAAUGCACCUGUGCUUGUACUAUAGACAAUAACUGUAUGAUCAUGUGGGAUUCUUCCUUCCUUGAUUAUUUUUUGGGCAAAUGGCUUUAAAAAUGUGUAAGGGGUACACACGUUAAGAUAGAGCAGGUAUCAUGAGGGGCUUGGCGUUGUGGGAGACUUCCUUAGAAACUCCCAUCCCCUUAAGCCGGCUGAAACGGAGGGCCUGAAGACACACUGUGCUCUCAUCUUCAAAUGAUGUUUCAUCAUGUUUGAGCUUUUGUUUUUGUGUUUUAUAUGUAGAGAUAGCUGACUACCUAUCAUUUAAAUAUUUAAAUGUGCCCCCCUUUUGUUUUUGUAAAUAAGGGAACUAAGCAAUCAACCGCCUUCAUGGAUCCUAGCUUGAGGAUUUUAUCAACCAUUUCAAAUGUAAAUGUAAAAAUAACCCCCUGGUAAGAAACUUGCAUCCUGAUUUUUGUUGCAGUUGGAAGUGUAAAUAAUAAGAUGAUGUAAGGCGCUCAAAGGUCUAUACUAACUGGGCUGUAGCAAGUUGCCCUCUUUUUCUUAGAUUUUGAAGGCUUUCAUUUUCUUUCCCAAAUGUACAGUAUAGUGGUGUCUGUGUAAGUGUUAACUGUAGAGGGCACUUGUCCAGCAAGCCUGAAAUUUAUACUUUGAAAUAAAUGACUGGGUUUUUAA